AUGGCUCAUGAUCGAGACGCCCUUUGGGCGAGUGGUUAUGAUGAGACAGUAGAAGUUAAUCAGCGUGCAUUGAUCGACAAGGUGUUGGCACGAUAUUCGGGCGAAUUCACAGUAUUCCGUGAACUUCUUCAGAACUCAGAUGAUGCACAGUCUUCCGCGGUUGAGAUAUAUUUUGAGACAGAGGAAUAUCUACGACAAAAGAACAGCGAGGAUGCGAUGCAACCAGAGGACAGUGCGGGUUUCCCAGACCUCAAAGCCACUCCAAUUUCCCAGUGGACCUUUCGGAAUAAUGGAUUUGUUUUUCGUGACGAGGACUGGAAUCGCCUUAGGAAAAUUGCUGAAGGAAAUCCAGACGAGGAGAAGAUUGGCGCCUUCGGUGUCGGCUUCUAUAGUCUGUUCUCCGUAACUGAGGAACCAUUCGUUAUUUCAGGAGGUCACGGAAUGCAAUUCUACUGGAAGGACAAAACUGGAGACCAACUCCUUGUACGGCGCGGUGAUCUCCCAUCCAAAGAUGUUCUCCAGUCUAAUCCGUGGACAACUUUUGAGAUGACACUCCGUGAACAGGGACCUGUUCCACAGCCUUUCGAUCUAACACGAUUCCUUGCAAGCAGCAUCACAUUCAUGGUCCACCUUCGCUCAGUCAGCGUCUUUCUUGACUCUCAUCGCCUGGCCCAUCUCACGAAAUCUUCGGGUGUUCCAAGGGAGCUUGAAUUACCCAAAGCGUUGAAAAAGUCUAGCGGUUCAGGUUUGAUGAAUGUGAAGACUACUCGUAUCCAGGCACAAGUCAUGCAUGCUGUAUACGAUCUUGGCACUGAGAAACCUCUCGUCCUCCCAGUCGGAGAAACACCCAAAGUCUCUCAAGGUGGUUUUUUCUCGACUCUUCUCAGCACUUUUACGUCACAUCAUCAGCCCGUACUUGCAAAACCUUUACCACAACCUCAAACUAACAAAGACCCCACGGGAGUAUACAACUCAAGUGUCACACUCACCAUGUUCAAUGCGGACGUAGACGUAAAGCUGGAUAAGAAACUUCAGAGCGAACUACACCGAUCUACAAAGAAAAACCCGCCCGCUCACUUAAAUUACAGCCUGAUUUAUACAGGAAAAGACGAGUACAAUGGUCUCAGAGCUGAUUUGAAUGGUGCUGGCCAAGCACAUGUGUUUAUUGGGCACGCAACUGGACAGACAACAGGUAUCGGUGGUCACAUGGCAUCUAGAUUUAUCCCAACAGUUGAACGGGAGUCAAUAGAUUUAGUCGACCGUAACGUCGCAAUAUGGAACAGAGAGCUGUUGUACGUUGGCGGCUAUCUGUGUCGAGCAGCAUACGAGAUAGAGCUCGAAAACAUUCGGAUGCUCUGGAACGAAGCCUCGAGUUCAUCCAAUACGAACGAUUUUCAUCCAGAUCCACAACUCGGCAACUGGCUGCGCGAUCGGUUCUUGCAUGUCGUCAAAUUUUUCACUUUCCAUAUCUCAACACCUUCUUCUGAUGUUGCACGUUUCCUCGAGACCGCCUUCUUUGGUUGCUCCACUUUACCCCUCAAAGUCCUUUCGACGACAGGUGUGCGCGAUGCUUCUGAUGUGCGCGCUCCCGACCCCAUGUUUUCGUCAUUCCUCAAACAACUACCUGUCCUUCCCGCCUCCGUUCUGUCUUCUGCUCCUCUUGCCAUUAGAACUCUGCAAAGUAAAGGACUGAUCACGGAUAUUACAUUUCCGGAUGUUCUGGCUCAACUUCGUCAACAUCCACUCAACGAAGAAGAACUCAUCGCCUGUCUCAAGUGGCUUGUCGGACAGCAAAAUCCGACGCAGGAUGCUACGCGCGCUCGCACUGAGCUUCUUCAUGCAACUAUCCUCAGUCUAGGCUCAGGAGAGGAUGCCAGGCCGAUUCCUCUUUCGAUGGUGCAGUACUUCAUUCAUCAGCGUAUGAUUCCGCUUGAUGGGCCCUUACCCGAUACUCUCAUGCCUCUGAGCAUCACAAAACACUUCACGCAGGAACAGCUGAGAUCUUUUGGGUGGCGAGAAUUUUCGAUUCUCGACUGGAUACAGUACAUCUUCAGACCAGACGUUAUGAAUGCAAAUCCAGCACAAGACGUAACCAGGUCUCCAGAAUGGGCUGAGCGAGUCUUGACAGUUUUAGCUCGCACAUGGCCAUCGUCGUCCAAGGAAUCGCAUGAAAGGAUCAAGGCUAUACUCGUCCAAAAAUCGUGCAUUCCGACAUCUUCAGGUCUACAAAAACCACAGCUGGCGUACUUUCCAGGCGCCAAUAUAUUCAACGAUUUGCCUGUCGUUACUUUUACAUCUGGCGGUGCUCUCAAGGGUAAUGUGGAGAAGCUGCUUUCCUUUGUUGGCGUCCGGAAGCAUGUGGACCUUCAGGUCGUCUUUGAUCGAAUGGUCAAAACUGGGGACUGGACAAUCUCAGAUCUAAUAACGCAUCUAGUAACUAUCCAAAGCACAUUAACUCCGGAUGAGAUUACCAAACUCCAGAUGACGUCUGCUUUCUCAAGGGAAGGCGAGAACGCUCUUUCAGGAAAGAAGUCGCGAUAUAGGGCCAGUGAUCUCUACGAACCAUCUAUCACAAACCGGCAGCUUGGUUUGCCGAUUAUCGAUUGGGGUGAGAAGACCAAAUGGCGAAGCAGUUCCGAAGAAGCAAAGCUUCUCCAUCGACUGGGCCUGCGAAUAUGUCCUCCUUUGGACUCGACCAUCAAACUCUGCGCUUCGUCGGAGCUAGAAAUUCGUUCUGCAGCAUUCAAAUAUCUUAUAGACAGCAUUCCUUCCAAAUACCCGGAUUACAGACGUGAAGAUUUUGGUCAUGUUGCCUUCAUACCAGCAGUAGAUAACUUCGGGCCUUGUAUGAGGACUCCGAACGAGGUAUUUGCAUCACGUCAGUGGAAGGUCCUCGGGUUUUCAGUCGUCGAAGAUGCCGUUCGCGAUAUUGCAGUAAGUAAACUAGGCUUAAAGGAACACCCACCCGCUACUAGGAUCGUGGCAUUACUUGAGAAAACAUCUCCUCAAGAUCAGAACGUUGCUCGUCGAUGGUUUGAAAUUUUAUCAGGCCACGUUGCAGACUUCAGUUCAUCUCAAUUGUCAAUAAUUUCGGGGCUUCCAAUCGUUCCCACGCAGGUAGAAUCUGGGUCCGAGGCACUGCGUUGGCUUUCCCCUGGCCAGUGUUAUCUUGGAGGGCCAUCGAAAGGGCAGUUCCACUCAAAGUUGUUCGUCUUUGUGGAUUUUGGCCCUUCCGGCAACAGCUUUUUGAGUGCAUGUGGCUCGAAGCAAGAACCCUCUGUAGAAGAGGUAGCUAGCAUUUUGGUCGCCGAUCCUCGAAGAUUCUACGACUUGGCGGGUGGUUAUGAGAAUUACCUCGUCGAAUUGCGUAACUUGGCUGUCAACGCUCGUCUUUUAUCUACAAGCGCGCUUGCCCGAAUGAGAGUUUCUCCCAUUUUGCUCGGUUUUCGACGGCAAAGAAAGUCUCGAAAGGAAUCAAACAAAGCCCUUAACCUCGAUGAGGAAGACUGGGAGCUGCUUUACGAUCUUCGAAAACCCUUGGAUGUUGUGAUUGCGGACGAUAUUAAUGCUUACCAGAUGUUCGGAGAGUCUAUCUAUACUGCACCACAAGAGGAUCUCGUCGAAAGUUCCAAACGCCUCAGCGUUAUCGUGAAGGAAGACUACAGGGUCAACUCAGAGAUGAAGCAUAACAAGUCUGCGGUUGAUACGCGUGCGCUGCUGCUAGAGAGGCUGCCGUUGUUCCUCCAUGAACACACACAUACGCGUACCAAGGUUUCUCUCAGCUGGCUCUCCAACCAGGAAAAUUUCAAAGUCAGAGUUUUUGGCAAAUUGACUGUUGUGAAAUCGCUUUCCUUUGGAGAUAAUACUUUGAAAAGGGAGCAAGAUGCAUCGGCGGUUGCUAAGCGUUCGGGCCAUGGACCUAUUGAGCUAUGGCUUUCAGGAAGCACGCAAGUGGAUAUAGUAGCGACAUCGUUGUGUCGCCUACUGUUCGAGACGGUAAAAGUGAAUGACGCACUCUUGUUCAUGACUAUCCUUUCGACCGACUUGAAAGCUCUGAAACGGAGGGGUUAUAACGUGGAUAAGAUUUUGAGACAACAACAAAACGACCGAACAUUAGUGGAGUCCAGAGGAAGUUCCACACGGGUACCCGCACCUGACCCACGCAUGAGUCAAAGUUUCAAGUCUGAAACGCGUUCAUUGUCUCCCCCACAUGAUCGCACUAGAGUUCCAGGGGACUGGAAUACUUCACCUCCGAAGGCAGUAGCAUCGAAACCCUUUUUGCCACCCGCUCCAGCUCCACCCCUUAUUACAGCUCCACCAGUACUACCAGCAAAGUCGUCUAGUCCAGAUGGGCCCCCUCAACGUACAGUCGACAAUGGAGAUGUCGUACGACAUCCUAGGAUUCCAAAUGUUGUGAACAACACACUGCAGAACAUUAAGCGCAAGAUACCUGGCUUCAACAGUCCAUCAGAAGACACUCUUGCUCUCUCACAGGGGUCCCUAAAUCCGAGGACACCUCCAACUGUGACUCCCCAAAGCGACAUUCGAUCCAAUGUUGCGAUGGCGAUCAAAGGCUGCAGACCAGAGGAAGGGAAGUUAGUACACAACAGACGCGAGAUGCAAACAAUCAAGGAAUCUCUGGAUGAAGGGUAUUGUGACGUCUCCGGCCAUGUCGCUGAGCUUGAUUACAUUGGUGUUAUGGGUACAAUGAAAAUCUUCAUCGCUCGGAAUGUUCCCGAACCCCACACCUUCAUUACGAGGAAACAUGAUUCUCUCGCGCGCUUCAUUCAUGUUGUCACACCCCUUGCAAACGUUUAUAGUCUUCCGAUGACCGCACUUCACAUCUUUUAUGACCUAGAGGGCGGCUUGAUCGCUUUUAAUCGGAACGGCAGUCUCUUUCUUAAUUACCGCUUCUUCGAAGCAUGGCAUGAUCAAGACGUAAAGAAUGCGAAUAUCAAUCAGGCUUAUAUUUCCUGGUACUUCACGCUAGCCCACGAAAUCGCUCACAACCUGGUGCAACCCCAUAACUCUGAGCAUGAGUUUUACUUCUCUGCGCUCUGCGAAGCUCACAUCGUGCAAUUUGCUCAAAUCUUAUCUCAGCAACCUGGCAGGCCGUGA